AUGCUAAAUCCGUCAUCAGCUGAGCCUCUGGUGUGGCCAUCACCUUUGAAGUUUAUUAGUGAGCUUAAUGAGGAGGCAAAAGCUUUGUUAGAACAGGCCUUAACGGAGGCAAACAAGGAGAGGGAGAAGAAUAUCUUGAAAGGAAGCGGUUACUCUCUUGCAUCUCCAUCGCAUUCUGAUGUGCAUUCUGAUAUAGGGAUGGAUGACAAUCUUUCUGAGUGCAUAAUGGGUUGUGCUUUUCUCUUGAGCAGUGAUGGUGCAGCUUCAUUGGUGCUAGUGAGUGGGGAAAAGGCACUUGAACUUGGGUUACAUGCUCUUGUUCUUCAUUCCUCUGGAAAACCAACCCCUUUGGUACUAGGACGCUGGGAGCUACCGCCCAUCCCCCAACUAAUGCUAGAGCAGGAGGCGGAAUCACUGCCGCACACCAACCGCUCGGAAGCUAGGAUAAGGACUGAAGCCAGUCCGCCUGCGCCGAGGCGCAGGGAGGUCCAGCGGAGUGUUAGGGUUGAUUUCGCCGGCGAUGCAACCACCCAGAUAUUGAAAAGGAUGCAACAAUUGGAGCAGAAGCUGACCCGGGCGGAGUCGGGCGCCCCGGCGCCAACUCAGAACCCACUUUUCGCUUCCAGACCUGGGCCUUUCACCGCUGCGAUUCUGCAAGCUAUCAGACCAGCGUAUACAAAAACCCCGAAGAUGUCGCAUUACGGCUGA